UGGAAACUUCCGGUUUUCAGUCAGAGUCACAUGACCAACACAGACAGAAGUUUGACCCAGUUUGACCAGCAGCAAGACAGCUUUCUUUUGGAAUACAUCAGUUUAAUCAUGCGUGGGUUAAUUUGUGGACCAAAAGUAGCCGCGUGCGGGAUGGUGUUGAGCGCGUGGGGGGUUAUAAUGCUGGGUACAACACCAUGUCUGAACGACUCACAAAGCCAUGCUUUGAAAAAGAAAAGAAAGGAGAGAAAGAAAAGAGAGAGGAACUAAAGGGCGACAGUAUGUCACCCAGUAUUUCAAGAGAAAAGGCCAUGGUGGGGAUUUUCUUCAGCACACACUCAGCCGUGCUGUUUGAAGAUGUUCCUGUGACAAAAGACGACCUCAAAGAUACGGACCCACCCCACAGGAUCUACGCUCUGUACAACAAGGUGGGCUACAACUGCUUCAUCGCUGCUGGUAUCUACGUGCUGUUCGGACUCUUCUCCUGCUGCCAGAUGAAGCUCAACAAGCGCAAGGAGUACCUGGUGCACUAGUGCCUCCUGAUUGGCCGAGAAGUUCUAUGAUCAUGUCUUCGUCUCAGGAUCUAAACUCCUGACGAUGAUCUACGGGGGGGGAGCUGUGAGCAGAUCAAUGUUGUGCACCUUUCUGUAUUUCAAAUUAGAUUGAUUCUACCUCUGAUCACAAGUGCUAAAAUGAUUUGUUUGUGCCAUGAAGAUACCCACUGCUGUUCUCCAGAGUUAACUACAUGUAAGGGUUGUAAAUGAUAUUGUCCUGAUUUGCUCUUUCAAACUGUACAAGUUAAUGUAUUUCAAAUUGCCAGAAUCCAGCUGUGUGUGGAACGUUUGAUCACAUUUCCUUCCUGCUUACUUAUCACCGUACAGUUCCUCAAAAAAAAUCCUAUCCUGUCUCUAUUUAUGGCCAAGGUCGCAUUACAUGUAUAUAGAUGUUCGCUUUAUUCACAUGAAUUCUGGAAAGCUUUUUAUUUACAUGUUUAUAUGUCCUUUAUUUCAAUAAAGGGUAAACUGGAACGUUCAACUUUUUAAGACAUCAUCAACAUCUGUAAUUGAAGUUAUUUAAGUGUUGUAAUAAAGUGCAUGGGUAUAUAUGUAAUGACA